AUGCGCCGCGGCCGGCAGCCCCUGGUGGCCGCCGUGCUCGCGCUCACCCGGGCGGCCCGCUGCCCCGACGAGCCCUGGCUGGACUGCGGCGCCGCGCCGCCGCCGCCGCCGCCGCCCGUGGCGCCGUCCGGCGGCGACCUGUUGCCCGCGGCGGCGGACCCGCUCCUGCUGCCGCGCACGGCCGCGACGCUCGACGGCCACUCGGCGACGACCGACGAGGCGCUGAACGCGGCGGGCGCGGCCGGCAACCACACGUCGCACUUCGUCGCGUUCCGCUGCAAGCACUCCAUGGGCUACCUCCAGCGGAGCGCCCACCCCGUGCUGGGGACCAAGGUCGACGUGACGCCCUACUCGGACAAGGAGCUCUUGCCGCCCCGGGAGGCGAUCUGGCGGCUGGCCCAGGCGCCGGGGGGCCUCAGCGUCCUGGAAGCGCUGGACGGCCACCACCUCCUGACGAUGCACGGCCGCCUGCGGACGCCGCCCUGGAUGCUCUUCGUCGUGCCGCCGGCGGCGGGCAUGGACGCGACGUCCACGCCCGACGACCUGACGUUCCGCGUGGAGCUGGACGAGCGCACGCUGAAGGACGACCGGGAGCGCCGGGCCGACGGGCGGCUCUACGCCGUCGGCGCCGGGGCCUACGUGAACUGCGUCGACGGGAAGCACCUGCGGGGCCACUCGGGCGGCGCGAACCGGCGCAAGGCGGCGACGCGCGAACCGUCCACGCUACUCGAGAUCUGGACGCUGUCGGCGGCGCAGGCGCGCCGCGCCGAGGCCUUCCGGGAGGCCUACGCGCCCCCUCCCAAAAAAAUCCUGCAAAAGCCGAAGAGCCCCUUCGGGCUGUUUUCCAAGCCGCUCGCCCCCCGUCCUGCAAAGAAGAAGGGCGCGGGCAGCCCGACGGAGGAGGCGCCCGUCGGCGGCCACCAGGGGCGCUGCGACGGCGCGUGCGCCGGCGAGCCGCGAUCGACCGAGGGCUACUACCCGGCGGCCGUCGAGGCCUUCGCGGGCUUCGUCUGCCCGUCGGCCUUCCGCGACGCGAGCGACUGGGUCUUCGCCUGGCCCUGGCAGCACUUCUCCGAGAAGGCCUGGGUCGCGCCGACGAAGACGGCCGCCUCCUGUUUACCCCAAAUUCCCGUCGUGUACGCCCACGCCAACCGGGUCCCGAAGACCGUGGACUGGGCCGUCCGGGAGCUGAAGCGGCCCUUCGUGCUGAUCAGCGGGCAGUCGGACUUUGCGGCCUCGAGGUACAAGCAGGUCCUGGGCCAGAAGCUGCUGCAUCGGUGGUACGCGCAGAAUGCGGACAUGCAACAUCGGAAGCUGCGGCCCAUUCCCAUCGGCCUGAACUGCUUCGAGCAGGCGCCCGAGAUGAAACGCGCCCUGAAAAAUAUACCGGCCAAGCAGAAGAAGGUCUGGGUCAACUUCGGCAACACGCACGCGAAGCGCCGGGACGCCUGGCGCUGGUUCUGCGGGGACUUGCCCAAGACGAGCGUCGCCCCGAAGCCCUGGGCGACGUGCGAAAUCAAGAAGACGAAGAACAACGUGCGGAACAACCCCCACCUCGUCGCGUACUACGGGCGCGUCGCGGCGCACCGCUACGUGGCGGCCUGUGUGGAAAUCAACCAGUGCGUCGGGUGCACCCGACAAUUCUUCACUAAGUCAUUUCUCAGCGAUGGCGCGGCCGACCUGGCUCGGACGAGCGGCGAGGAACCGGCAUCGCCACGCCAUCGAGCAGGCGUCGCGUUGAUGGCGUAGAGGACGAAACGACGAUUCAGCACGAACGCAUCGUAAAAUUUGAUUUCCACACAGGUGGCGGCGCCCCGCGGGAACGGCCUGGACACGCAUCGGCUGUGGGAGGCCCUGUACCUGGGCUGCGUGCCCAUCGUCCAGUCCGGGCCGCUCGACGCCCUGUACAAGCGCGUCGGCGCGCUGGUCGUGCGGUCCUGGACGCAGGUCACGUCCCACUUGUUGGAUUCCGAGUACGAUCGCCUGGUGGCGAUUCAGCGGAACGCCUCGGAUCUCCUCACGCCGGGCCACUGGAAGCGUUUGAUCGAGAGCGACCGGCGCGCGGCGAUGGACAAGUCGGCGAAGAGCAGUGACCGGGGGCGGUGCUGGGGGCUCGGGGCCGCGCCGGCGUAAAAGUAGUACUUGUGUGACGCGGCGACGCCAUCGACGCGCCACUCCCAUUCCUCGCGUUCGCGUCUGCUCCCGGCGACGCAGAGCGCGGGACUUCUACGAAGUCCGGCGCGCCGAGCCCGUGCCGCGUCACCAAGGUGAACACGCCCCGCCAGCCGAGCUACCCGCGGCUGCUCGCGCGCUGCGGCGCCUUCGACUACCGGAAGCUCACCAAGGCGUACUGGUUCUGGGAGAUGCGCCGCGACGACCGCGCUCGAGCGGGACCGCCGCCCGACGGCGAGGACCUGCCGCCGGCGGUGCGGGUGGCGUUCGGGCGGGGACCGGGGCGGCGGCGGCGCUUCUCCGGAAGGGGCGCCGAGGCCGGCCUCGCGAAGCUCCCGCCGUUCCUCGCGAGACACGUCGCGACAAUUUGA